GCUUCCUAUAAUUAAGUGGACUAAUUAAUGCAUUAAAUCCUUAAUAAAGCAAGAUAAAGAGGGUUCAGCCUGUGUAUCUGCAACAGACUUUUCAGAGAGUAGCUCUAUAAAGCAGCAGUAAAAUGCUGACAAUAUGCAAGACUCUCAUAGGGCUGGUUGUGUUUCUUCUGACUGUGCAGUUUCUGAAGUUGCAGUGGGCACGUAGACGCCUUCCUCCAGGACGCCCCAUUCUUGGAAGCUUGUUGCAGCUCAACUUUAAAGCUGAUCAUGACAUCCUCAAUAAGAUGGCAGAAGUUCACGGCAACAUCUUCACUUUGUGGCUGGGACACACCCCUGCGAUUGUGCUGCAUGGGUUCCAAGCAGUGAAGGCUAGUCUGACCACCCGCUCUGAAGAGUUUUCUGGACGGCUGGAGACCCCUGUCUUCAAACAACUGGCAAAUAGAAAGGGUAUUAUGUUCUCAAGUGGUCACACCUGGAAGCAGCAGAGACACUUCGGGUUGAUGACCCUGCAGAACCUGGGACUGGGCAAGAAAGGCCUGGAGCACCUAAUCCAGGAGGAGGCCCGACACCUGGUGGGGUACUUUGAGACUGUGAAAGGGAAAUCUCUGGAUCCUUCUGUCCCCAUUUUCCAUGCUGUCUCAAAUGUGAUUUGUGCUGUAGUUUCUGGACAUCGCUUCUCCUUAGAGGAUGAAACCUUCCACCAACUGACUGAAGCCUUCGACUGUAUAAUGGCUUUUGGGAACAGUUUCCUUUUUUUUUAUCUGUUUGAAAUUUUCCCCUGGCUAAUGCAUCAUCUCCCAGGACCUCAACAGAAGGCGAGGUCUUGCUGUGAGUUUGUGCGUUCUUUCAUAAGGAAGGAGAUCCGAAGACACAAGGAGAGAGGCAUACCAGAUGAACCACAGGAUUUCAUUGGCUUCUAUCUGGCUCAGAUAGCCAAAGCUAAAGAUGACCCCACCUCUACAUAUGAUGAAGACAACAUGGAAAAGUGUAUUUCUGACCUCUUUCUGGCAGGUACAGAGACCACAAUCAGCACUCUGCGCUGGGCGCUGCUCUAUAUGGUGGCUUAUCCCAACAUCCAAGAGAAAGUCCAGAAGGAGAUGGACACUUUACUGGGUCCCUCUCAAUUAAUCUGCUAUGAGGAUCAAAAGAAACUGCCCUACACCAAUGCCGUGAUUCAUGAGAUCCAACUUUAUUGUAGCAUUGUUUUAAUUGCAAUCCCCAGAGAAAGUGGGAAGGAUACAACACUGCAGGCGUUUCUCAUUCCAAAGGGCACCAUCAUUCUGCCAAAUUUAGACUCUGUCCUCUUUGAUCCUGAGAAAUGGGAGUCUCCUCGACAGUUCAACCCAAGUCGUUUCUUGGAUAAGGAAGGAAAUUUUGUGAGCAGAGAAGGUUUUUUACCAUUCUCAACAGAGCCCCGGGUGUGUUUUGGGGAGCAGCUGGCAAGGAGUAAGCUCUUCAUCAUCUUCACCAACCUGCUGAGGGCAUUCAAGUUCACCCUCCCAAAGGGAGUGAAGGAAAGAAGCACAAAGCUUGUUUUGGGGAGCACAGUGCAGCCCCAGCCAUAUAAGCUCCGUGCUGUUCCUCGUUAGGCUGCAGUGCAUCACAGAUCAGGAGAAGAAUCAUUCAUCAAGAUUGUUUGACCCCAUAACUCUCCUCCUUGCAUCUCUUAUUCUUUUUCUGGUGUCAGCAUCACAUAUUAUCGCAAGCUGUUAGAUCCUGGGCAAUGCAGCUGAACAGUGCAGCUGUGUCAUCAUUGUCUUGUGCUCAAAAAGUCUUUGUAAAUUUCUUCCAGAUGUGCUACAAAUUUAAAAAAUUACAGCAAAGAAAUUUAGUGUCUGACUUGACUUCUCACUGACCUGAAAACUGACUAGUGGGAGGAAGAAUUUUAAGAGGUAGAUGCCGUCAUUUAUUAUAAUAUUGAGGUGACAGGGUUUUAAUCUAAUAAAUCCUGUAAUUCAUGUAUGUGAACUGUGAAUUGAGGUGUUGAGUCUGUAAAGAUCUGUGUACUUGUAACCCUUCUGCCCGUCAGAGGGUUUAAAAAAUUACAGCAAAGAAACAACAAGGGCCGGGUUCAGUAUUUAGUGGUUCCGUUUCAAUAACACAGUGCAAAACCGGCUCGAGCCCCCACCCAGUGACCUGGGACAAUUACAUACCACCCUCCUGGGCGCCUCUAAGAGGCAAUACUUCCCCUCUUGCAAGCACAGAGUCUAAGUGUAGCAAAAGCCUUUUAAUAAAGGAGGGAAACGAUGCGGCAUUAUGUUGGGGAAACACCACAAACAAGAUUCAUAACACCAAGCAUGAGCAAAAGACUCGCCCCCAGGUAAGUUUGGCAGUGUCCUUUUCCCCUCAGGGUCUUAAGUCCAGCAAUCCAAUAGUCACCCCCCCAGGUUCUGUCGUUGGUCAGUGCAGCCCCCGCACAGAGUUCAGAAGUUCAUCUGCAGAGUUUACGUCCCAGCCUGGGUGGAAGUGGAGGGAGGUAUGGGGGGCAUCUUACAUGCUCCGCUGCUCGGGUCGACAGCCAAAUGCCAGGCCUCUCCAUGGGUUCUGCUGCAGUCUUCUCCACCAGCCGCGCCUCUCCGUCAGCUGCCUCGCUAUCCGCUCCACUCCGCGCUCUGCGCCUCUCCACCAGCCACCCAGCUGUCCGCUCCGCUCUCUGCUCGCUGUCCUGCUGUCUGCUCCUCUCCGCCAGCCGUCCAGCUAUCUGCUCCGCUCUCCGCGCUAGCCGUCCUCUCACCAACUUGUCUUCAGCCCCCCUUCUACUUAACACAGCUCUUCUUCAAGGGACCUGGGCCCUGCUGCCGGGAACAGGGGCAGAGCAAGCCAGGGCCCCCCUCCACCUCCAGCAUGCUUGGUCCCUGUCCCCAGCAGCCAAGCCCAGACAGGGAGCGAGCCCUGCCCGACUGCCAGGGAGACCAGCCAAACGAGCAGGGGAAAAACACAGGGAAAGGACUG